UCUUUUCAAAGCUGUUGUUCCUGCGCGGACGCUGCACAUCAUUCCACCGCAAUGGAAAUCAAAUGAAGACGGCUCAGAGCAGCUGACGGAGAGGCUCUCGCUGUUUCGAGGAUGUAGCCCCUUGCAGCCGCUCUCCCAGAUCCCGUUCCGGAGGGGAGCCGCGGGAUUCCUGCGCUCGAGGGGCGGACGCGGCGGGUCGCCGAGCCAUGCGCGAGCUCCAGCGCGGGGGUUGAUCUCUCCACCGGACACCUCCAUCCGCUUCUGCUUUUUUUUUUUUUCCACCCCCCUCCCCCUGCUCCGCUUUGCCGAAUCAUUUUUUUUGCGUCAGUAGAGAUUGAUGCCAUGGAGCAGGAGUAAAAUAGCUUCCGCACACACGCACACACACACACUCACUCACACACACACACACACACGCGCUCCAGCUCCAGCCUGAGCUGCAGUUGUUCGCACGCAUGGAUGUGUUUAGCUUUGUGAAGAUGGCAAAGCUGACAGGCCACAAGAUGAAAUCCCCAGGUUGGCCGUCCCCUUCAGGGACCUGGAGUGCAUCGCAGGCACCCCCAUAUGGAUGGGACAUGGCUUCCAAUAGAGAAGGGAGGGACCUGUUCAUCAACCACGUGCCCAAGAGCAGCUCCCUGGAGGAGGUCCGGUUAGAUGGGGUCCAGUUCAUACCCCCGGCUCCACGCAAGGUGGAGAUGAGGCGGGACCCUGUUCUGGGGUUUGGCUUUGUAGCGGGAAGCGAGAAACCAGUGGUGGUCCGCUCAGUCACACCAGGGGGUCCUUCAGAGGGCAAGCUCAUCCCGGGGGACCAGAUCGUCAUGAUAAACGAGGAGGCCGUCAGCACAGCACCCAGGGAGCGGGUCAUCGACCUCGUCAGAAGCUGCAAGGAAUCAAUCGUGUUGACGGUCAUUCAACCUUACCCAUCUCCUAAAUCUGCCUUCAUCAGCGCUGCAAAAAAGGCCAAGUUAAAGUCAAACCCAGUCAAAGUGCGCUUUGCUGAAGAGGUCAUUAUAAAUGGUCAGGUUCCAGACACUGUGAAGGAUAACUCGCUGCUUUUCAUGCCAAACGUUCUGAAAGUCUACCUAGAAAAUGGACAGACAAAGUCCUUCCGUUUUGACAGCAGUACUUCCAUCAAGGAUGUUAUCCUGACUCUGCAAGAGAAGCUGUCAAUCAAAAGCAUCGAGCACUUCUCGCUGAUCCUGGAGCAGCGUGCGGACGGCUGUGCCACCAAGCUGCUGCUCCUCCACGAGCAGGAAAUGCUAUCUCAGGUGACCCAAAGGCCAGGACUGCACAAUAUGAAGUGCUUUUUCAGAAUUACCUUUGUUCCAAAGGACCCAGUUGAUCUGCUCAGGAGAGAUGCAGUGGCUUUUGAAUACCUCUAUGUUCAGAGCUGUAAUGACGUGGUGCUGGAGCGUUUUGGUUCGGAGUUGAAGUAUGACAUGGCACUGCGUCUGGCUGCCCUGCAGAUGUACAUCCUCACAGUCUCCACCAAACAGACUCAGAAGGUCUCGCUCAAGUACAUUGAGAAAGAAUGGGGCUUGGCGGUUUUCCUCCCCCCAGCUGUGCUGUCCAGUAUGAAGGAGAAGAACAUCAAGAAAGCCUUGAACCACAUUCUCAAAACAAACCAGAAUCUAGUGCCACCAGGAAAAAAGUUAACUGCUCUACAAGCAAAGGUUCACUACUUGAAGUAUCUCAGUGAUUUGAGAUUAUAUGGGGGAAGAGUGUUCAAAUCAACUUUGCUGCAAGGGGAGAAACGCACGGAGGUGACCCUGCUCCUGGGCCCCAGGUACGGCAUCAGCCACGUCAUCAACACCAAGACCAACCUGGUGGCCCUGCUGGCCGACUUCAGCCACGUCAACCGCAUCGAGAUGUACACCGAGGACGAGAAGAACGUCCGGGUGGAGCUACACGUCCUAGAUGUAAAGCCCAUCACCCUGAUAAUGGAGUCCAGCGACGCCAUGAAUCUGGCAUGUUUGACCGCUGGCUACUAUAGACUGCUGGUGGACUCCCGUCGCUCCAUCUUCAACAUGGCCAACAGCACCAGCGCAGGGAGUCUGGAGAUGGGCCAAGAUCCCAAGAGCAAAUACAACUACCAAGCUAUUGAGUGGACGUACAGCACCUCAUUUAGUGGUUGUGAGAACCCAAAUGUUCAAAUGGGCAUGAGAGAACCAUAUCACAAAGAGCACGAGUCCCCUGAUUGCACAGGAAAUGAAAACAUUUAUUUUACAGAGGUCCAGCAGUCCCAGCAUGCUUUGCACAUGGGUGAAUGGGCGAACAGGGCAGGCCAUAGUAUGCACCCCCAGCCAUUUUUGUCUUUGCCCAGACACAAACCCCAGGACUCUCCCAGGAGCGCCAAGGUGUCCUUCAUAUUCGGAGACCCCCCUUUAGAUAGCGUAAACCCACAGAACCUUGGGUACCACAGGCUGUUGGAUGAGUGCCCUGAGAUCUUGGAUGAGCACAGAACCAUUUUCCUCCAGAACAAUGAGGAAUUUAAGGCCAUGGAUCCAUCUAUGGACGGGGAAGGCUUUCAGUACGCACCCCAUGCAAUCUACAGCAAUAUCGGGGAGGCCAAAAUCUUUGGGACGGCAGAGGGCAUCGAGGAGCCUCUGCUGCGGGACAUCUGCUACGCCGAGACCACGGACGACGCGGAGGACGAGGACGAAGGGAGCUGUGAGGAGGACCUGGUGGCGGUGGGGGGAGGGGCGGGCGCGGGAGAGGAGGACGAGGAGGCGGAGAAGACCAAAUCCACCUUCCUCAAGCUCUCGGGCUCCAGCGACGACAUCAUCGACCUGACCUCCCUCCCGCCGCCGGAGGGAGACGAGGAGGACAGCGACGUCCUCCUGGACUCCCUCAACCUGGCCAUCGCCGCCCCGCCGCCCGGCUUCAGGGACAGCUCCGACGAGGAGGAGCACCACGGCCCCCGGGGGCCCGAGGAGACGGGCCCCUGCCCACGCGAGGACAUCCCCGUGUCUCUGAUCGACGCCGUGCCCACUCAAGGCGAAGGCCAGGAGAAGGCCCUGGACGACGCCGUGGUCUCCACGUUACAGGCCCUGGAGGCCCUGGCAGCGUCGGAGGAACACGCUCACCCACAGUCUAACACAAAUUCAGGUGUAGCACUGUCUCGGGCCUUCAGCCCAGAGUCCUCUUCUGACUCCGGGAACGAGACUAACUCCUCGGAAAUGACGGAGAGCUCGGAGCUGGCUGCGGCUCAGAAGCUCUGCGAAGGCUCCAUGCGUCUGCUGGUCACCACCUCCGAGGGCUACCAGCCGCUUCUGGAGGAGAAAACCGAGUUUCCCGUUUCCCUGUGCGAGGGAGACCUGGUCCCCAAGACGGCCCGCCAAGACGCCGGGACCCCGCCCGCGUCCGUGCCUUCCAAACAGAUCCUCCACUCGGACGACAUCGAGAUGGAGCCCGAAACCAUGGAAACCAAGUCCGUGACCGACUACUUCAGCAAGAUGCAGAUGGGCACGCUGGCGGCGGCAGGGGGCGACGGCAGGCGGCGGGGGAGGGCGGGCGAGGCCGACGCGAGCGCCACCAUCGCCGCCGGCAGGAGGCAGGCCGGCAGGACCCCGUACCCCAACGCCGAGGAGCAGCGCGCGGCGGGCAAGUACAACACCUUCAGCGCCAGGGAAGCCCACCGGCUGAACCACUUCGACCUGGAGCGCACCUCGUUUCGGGAGAAGAGCCAGCGGUGGCAGCCGCUGCCCGAGGCCGCUCAGGACGGCCGCGGCGGCAGGACGGAGGCCCGGGACGCCGCGUCGGAGUCCGGCAGCCGCGGCCGCGGUGGGCCGGGCGAGGACCAGGGGCCGGGUCCCAACGCCCCCCCGACCCAAGAUCCGUCGGCCGUCCCCGGGCAGGGCGGGUUGCUGGGCGACGAGCAGCAGCAGGCCAGGCCGCAGUCCGCGGCGCGGCUGUGCGAGUACCACCUGGUGAAGCGCGUCUCCUGCAUGCAGGCGGAGGGCCACCACUCCCUGCAGAGCUCCCAGUGCUCCUCCCUGGACGCCGGCUGCAGCACGGGGAGCAGCAGCUGCGCCACGCCCGUGGACUCGCCCCUCUGCGCCCCGGACACGCCCGGCAAGCGCCCGCUGCUCCCCGAGGACAAGGCCCCCGGCACCCCCAGCCACGGGCCCCCGACUAGGGACCUGCACCCCAACGCUGACCCCGCCCUCCUCCGGAAAAUGCUGCCAAACGCGCACUCCAACGCCGUCGGCUCCGACCCCGCGUUUGGCACUGUGAGGGAAGGCUGUCACCGGAAGCCGAAGAUUAAAGAAACCACAGCUUGCACAGAGCUCAGCUCAGCACCAAGAGGAGGCACGCCUUCGGCCUUUUCCCAGCAGCCCUCCGCCUACGCCGCUCCACCGCCAUCGCCGCCGCCAUCCGACGUCAGCGCAGAUCCCCCUGGCGCGCCGAAGCGGGAGCCCUCCAACCCCCCCGAGCAGAACCGCGCCGCGCCGCCGCCCCCGAGCCUCCCUCCCCGCCGCGACCCCGGGACCGACAGCCAGAGGCCCCCCAGCCAAAGAGGCAGGGGGCUGAGGCGGAGUCCCAGCAGCAGGCCCGCGGGUUCCAGGAGCUUCGACGCCCUGCUGGAGAAGACCAGGGCAGCCAUCGGCGGUAAGUGUUUGCGGUCCCCGCGCUCGCCCGACUCGAGGCCGCGGAAGAGGCCCGUCGGGAAGAGGCUGUUCAAGAGCCGCUCCCAGAGCUCCUUCUCCACCCGCCCGGCGGCCGGCCGGGACCGCGGCAGAGCCUCCGCCGUGCCACCGGCGCCCAAGAGUGCCGGGCGGCUCAGAGGUUUGCCGAAACGAGACGCGGGUGCCUGGAAGUGCCACGGGCCCUUCGGCCGCUGCUUCCACGGAAACGCGGGCGGGAGCGCCGAGGACGAAGACGAGGACGAGGAACCGUUACCGCGGCUACCGGUUGCCGCCGGUGAACCCCAAAGAGACGCGGAGGAGGGAGCCCCCUCCGGUUCCUCGCCCUCGGACCCGAGCGUCGGGAGCGACGGCUUCGCCUCCAGACUGGCCCGCGUGGGCGAGCUGAAGGGCGGGGUGUGCCCCUCUCCCGGCGGGCUCUCGGCCCUGCGGCGGGACGCCGGCGAGCUCGUGGCCCUGGUGCGCUCCGGAGUGGGCGAGGUCGCGCCGGCCCCGCCCGAGACGCCCGGCACGAGCCCCCACGAGCGGCUGCUCUCGGCGCGGUCCAAAGAGCUGGGCGCCGCCUGCGGGAAGAUGGCCGGGGCCCGCCCCGGCGCCGCGGAGACGCUCGCGGCCGCGACCGGCAGCUUCGGGGUGCUCUGCGGUCUGACCGAAGCCUGCAUGCGCCUGAUGAGCGCGAUGCGGUCGGAGGAGCAGCAGCGACAGGUUGCCGCCACGGUGGACCAGGUCAUCGCCAACUACAUCUCCCUGCUAGAGGCUGUCGAGCUGGCCUCGGCCAGCGACCCCGGCGACCGCGACCGCGGCGACGCAGCUCUGGCGCACCAAUCCACCGCCAUAUCCGCCAUGGUAAACGCGUUGACACGUUCCCUCAAGACGCUCCUUAACACUAAACAAAAAACUGUUUAAAAAGCUGUGCUGUUCUCUUGAACUUUUGCAAAGCCAUACUCAGACAUGUGGGUUUACCUUACCCCCACAAUGUGAACUGCUGUAAUACUUCUUGCCCCUUGUAUAUUUUGUUUUAUAUGUAAACAAAAUUUAAUUCUAUACAAUACUAUAGAUAUGUAAAAAAUGAAGUCUUCACCCUUCUUUAGAGAGCAAGAUAAGUCCACAUAUGAAGCAGAAUAUAUAAUCCUUCCUUGUGUAUUCACAUAUGUUGCCUCAUUAUAAUGCUUUUAUCUAAUGCAACGCACAAAAGACAGAACUUGGACUGAGCAGAUGCUGUCUCAUAUUUCUUCAUACAAUAUUGCUUUAUAUUGUAUAUUUUAAUUCAGAAAUUAAAAUGUUGAUUUUUAAACAAUUCAGAUGAGAUAAAUUAUAUAUAUAUAUACAAAUGUAUGCAUAUGGAAAUUAGAUUUUACAAUAGCAACAAUAAUUGAAAAUAUUAUUUUUUUUUUAAACUUUUUUUUCAUGUUCAAUAGCCCUAAAUUAAUCUAAAUUGAUUUAAAAAUCUAGUUGAUGCCAACUUUUUCAUACAUUUCACUGACCACACUAUUACAAGUCCACAUUGUUUUUUGAUUAGUUGCACUUGUUCACAAAUGUCAUUGUUUCUUUCAGAACUACUUAAACUCAUUAAAGUAUUUAAAUAAUUGCAA